AUUUCUGCCUACGCCACUGACAGGAAGACCUUAAAACUAAAAGUGUUAAGUCAGGUGAGACUCCAUUUACUGUGACCAGAACAAAGCAGGAGGAGGAAACUGAAGGCUGAGGCAGGGCUGACUUCAGAUCAGAAGAUGAGUGAUUUGGAGGAAGAGGAGGACGGAGCAGAGUCUGUAGUAUCUGGCUGUCAGUCUAUGAAGAGUGACCGGUCCAGAGAUCAGCCUCUAUACUUCAGUAAAGAACCUGGACCCUCAGACACAAAGCUGACUUCAGAUCAGAAGAUGAGUGAUUUGGAGGAAGAGGAGGACGGAGCAGAGUCUGUAGUUUCUGGCUGUCUGUCUAUGAAGAGUGACCGGUCCAGAGAUCAGCCUCUAUACUUCAGUAAAGAACCUGGACCCUCAGACACAAAGAAGAUGAGUGAUGUUUCUGAGGAGGAGCAGCUGCCCAGAACCAGAACUGGACUAAAGACAGACAGAAGGACCAGCACUGAACAAAUGAUCGAUAUUCGGCAUAUACAUCAGAUCAGUGUGAAGGGGACAUAUGAACGUGUGACUGAAGGAGCUGAUCAAAUAGGAAGUGGAACCCUCCUCAACAGGAUCUUCACUGCGCUCUACAUCACAGAUGAACUGAGUGAAGAAGUUAAUACCCAACAUGAGGUGAGGCAGCUCGAGACAGCUUCCAAGAUGAAGACCCUCCAUGAAACACCAAUCAAGUGCUGCAACAUCUUUAAAGCCUUACCUGACCAACAGAAACACAUCAGAGUCGUUAUGAUGAUCGGCGUCGCUGGCGUUGGAAAAACCUUCUCAGUGCAGAAGUUCUGUCUGGACUGGGCCGAGGGUUUGGAAAACCAAGAUGUGGAUCUGGUGAUUCCUCUUUCCUUCAGGGAGCUGAACUUGAUCAAAGAUGAGCAGUACAGUCUUCUGGAGCUGCUCCGUGUUUUCCAUCCAUCAUUACAGGAGGUCACAGCAGAGCAGCUCGCUGGCUCUAAACUUCUCUUCAUCUUUGAUGGCCUGGAUGAAAGCAGACUUUACCUGGAUUUCAACAACAAUGAGGCUGUUUCUGAUGUCACACAGAAGUCAUCAGUCAACGAGCUGUUGACAAACCUCAUCCAGGGGAAGCUGCUUCCCUCGGCUCGCCUGGAUAACUUCCCGACCUGCAGUAGCCAAUCAGAUCCCUCCUGCGUGUGUUGA